AUGGUGGCUGCCGACUUGAAUUCGAAGUUUUCAGUCGCAGAGGCGCUCAAAGGCACACACUGCGACUUCCUUGUAACAAAUUACUGGGAGACCGCCACCCCAGGCGUCGAGCGAUCCCAGGGCACCACCGUCGCAGACGCACCUAAAGCAACCUGCAUUUCUCAUCUCAUCUAUUCAUCUCUGCUAAAUGCCAGCAAGGCUGCUAAUGGUAGAUUGAAGGAAGUCAAGCACUUUGAUGAAAAGGCCGAUAUCGAGGAGCACAUUCGUGCCAGUCGUGUUCCUUGUUCGUUCUUCCUUCUAGGAUACUUCGUGGCCAACUAUACCUUCAUGAUCCGCAAAGGAGUAGAUGGCUCCUACGUGCUUGCCUCCCCUGUGAGCGGAAAUUCAAAGUUUUCUUUGAUUGAUGCUGCUCGAGAUACAGGCAAGUGA